GGCUGGAUCUCCGAACCUGAAAUCCGGAGCUUCGUACUCGUGUUCGUUGUUGAGGAGCUCCCCACCGGGUUGUAGAGUUCGGACCUCAUGGCAGAGAUAAUUCAGGAGCGCAUAGAAGAUCGGCUCCCGGAAUUGGAACAGCUGGAGCGCAUUGGACUGUUCAGUCAUGCGGAGAUUAAGGCUAUCAUUAAGAAGGCUUCUGAUCUAGAGUACAAAAUCCAGAGAAGAACCCUUUUCAAGGAAGACUUUAUCAAUUAUGUUCAAUAUGAAAUUAAUCUUUUGGAGCUGAUCCAAAGAAGAAGAACACGCAUUGGAUAUUCAUUUAAGAAGGAUGAGAUUGAGAAUUCUAUUGUACACCGGGUACAAGGUGUUUUCCAGCGUGCCUCAGCAAAAUGGAAAGAUGAUGUUCAACUUUGGCUCUCCUAUGUGGUUUUUUGUAAGAAGUGGGCUACUAAAACUCAACUUAGCAAGGUAUUCUCUGCCAUGUUGGCGAUUCAUUCCAACAAACCAGCUUUGUGGAUUAUGGCAGCCAAAUGGGAAAUGGAAGAUCGAUUGUCUUCAGAAAGCGCAAGGCAACUCUUUCUUCGGGCACUGCGCUUUCAUCCAGAAUGUGCAAAACUUUAUAAAGAAUACUUUAGGAUGGAGCUGAUGCAUGCGGAAAAACUGAGGAAAGAGAAGGAAGAAUUUGAAAAAGCCAGUAUGGAUGUGGAGCAUCCUGAUUAUUCUGAAGAAAUCCUUAAGGGCGAGUUGGCACGGAUCAUCUACAAAAAUUCUGUAAGCAUAAUUAAAGGUGCAGAAUUUCACGUGUCACUGCUUUCAAUUGCACAGCUAUUUGACUUUGCCAAAGAUCUACAAAAAGAGAUUUAUGAUGACCUUCAGACUCUACACACAGAUGAUCCUCUCACUUGGGAUUAUGUAGCAAGGCGAGAAUUAGAGAUCGAGUCACAGACAGGAGAAGAGCAGCCCACAACGAAACAAGCCAAAGCAGUGGAGGUUGGCCGGAAGGAGGAGAGAUGCUGUGCUGUAUAUGAAGAGGCAGUGAAGACUCUGCCAACAGAGGCCAUGUGGAAGUGUUACAUCACCUUUUGCUUGGAAAGAUUUACUAAGAAGUCAAAUAGUGGGUUCCUUAGAGGGAAGAGGUUGGAAAGAACCAUGACUUCAUUCAGGAAGGCACAUGAACUGAAGCUUCUGUCAGAAUGCCAAUACAAGCAGUUGAUUGUUUCGUUGCUGUGUCAUAAAUUCCUGAGGGAAGCUCUGGAAGUGGCAGUAGCUGGAACUGAAUUGUUUAGAGACUCUGGGACAAUGUGGCAGCUGAAGCUGCGGGUGCUGAUCGAGUCAAAGAGUCCUGACAUAGCCAUGCUUUUUGAAGAAGCCUUUGUGCACCUGAAACCCCAGGUUUGUCUGCCAUUGUGGAUUUCCUGGGCAGAGUGGAGUGAAGAUGCCAAAAGCCAAGAAGACACUGAGGCAGUCUUUAAGAAAGCUCUCUUAGCUGUUAUAGGUGCCGACUCAGUAACCCUGAAGAAUAAGUACCUGGAUUGGGCUUAUCGAAGUGGUGGCUACAGAAAGGCCAGAGCUGUGUUUAAAAGUUUACAGGAGAGCCGUCCUUUUUCAGUUGACUUUUUCAGGAAAAUGAUUCAGUUUGAAAAGGAGCAAGAAUCCUGCAAUAUGGCGAACAUAAGAGAAUAUUAUGAGAGAGCUUUGAGAGAAUUUGGAUCCACAGAUUCUGAUCUUUGGAUGGAUUAUAUGAAAGAAGAAUUGAACCACCCCCUUGGUAGACCUGAGAACUGUGGACAGAUCUACUGGCGAGCGAUGAAAAUGUUGCAGGGAGAGUCAGCAGAGGCAUUUGUAGCUAAACAUGCUAUGCAUCAGACUGGCCAUUUGUGAAGAGGAAGAAUACAGCCUGCUUUGUGAAACAGUAUUGCAAGCAAGCCCUGGGGGCAAAUUUGUAUUAUGAGUCCAUCUGUAAUUUGCUCAGUGAUGGCAGACAAGAUGGCUGUCUGGUUUUGAGACACACUUUAUUUUAUGUUAACUUGUUAAUCUUUUUUAAAAAUUAAAAAUUUUUUAUGAUUGAGACAGG